AUGUCGGAAUUGAUCAUUGAAGGAGUUCCACUCACCAAGGAAUGGUUGGCAAACGUGGUGGAAAAGAAGCUUGGUGUGAGACCCAAAAUUGGAACGAGUGGAAUUCUGGACAACUCCGAGUUGGGGUACAUGUCUAUGAUUCGUAAAGUGGAAUUGCAUUUUGAUGCCGAACAGGAGGAAAGCCAGCAAAAUCUGCCAAAACACGUCGUGUUGAAGAUCGCAUGCAGUGCCAAAGGAAGUGGUGUCAUUGAGAAUGCUGGAGGUGAAGUUGACAGUAAAAACUCAGCUGCAGUUGAGCAAUUCAUGCACAACACCGAGUGCAACUACUAUCGAAUUUUUGGAAAACUGACCGAUAAACCACUCAAGGUCCCAACCAUUUACUCAGCGUCAAAGGCUGGAGAUGAAGAUGCCCCAGUUCCAGUUAUUGUCAUGGAGAUGUUUGAAGACUGCAAGGUUUAUGACUUGAUUGAGGGAUUUAAUGAGCAACAGCUCUACAAGAUUGUUGAUCAGCUCAUCAUGUUGCACAUUUUCUCACUGACAACUGAGGAUUGGAAGGAGAUCAAGCCAGAUGCCAUUAUGUUGGAAAUGGGAGCUGUGUUCCAAACUAUGGUGAAGAACAUUGCUGACAAUCUUGCCAAACAACCAGGUCUUGAAGCAAUUGCUACUUAUGUCAAGAACACUUUUGAGAAAGACGCUAGAUUUAUCGAGAAACUGGGAGAGGAGUACUUGGAAGAAAAACGAGUUUCUGUGCUGACUCAUGGAGAUCUCUGGGCACCACAAAUUCUAUGGGAUAAGGAGGAUAACAUUGCUGGUAUCAUUGACUGGCAAAUCACUCAUCGUGGAAGUCCAAUGGAAGAUUUACACCAUGUUCUCUCUACCUGUACUUCUGUGGAAAACCGCAAGAAGCUUACCGAGCCACUUUUGGAUUACUACUUUGACAAGCUGAGCGCUGGAUUGGAAGCUAAGGGAGUGAAAAUGCCAUGGACUCGCGAGGAUAUUGAAGUGGGUCUCUUAUUUGGGACAUCGUUACUAAAAUUACGGUUACAGGAAGAAUUCAAACACAACUACAUUCACGGAGCGGCGCUGACUAUUUUUGCCAACGGAUUUUGGUCUAAUUCUCCUGUUCUUCAGACUGACGGAAAGCCAGAUCUCGGACGAAUCGCUGAGUCUUUCGCCCGAUGCAAGUCGUAUAUUGAAGAGACUGUUCAAGUGCACAACAUGUCAUAA